AUGAGGCAAGUGCGCGUUCUGUGCCAGAAGACGAUCACGCCGGUUCAAGUUCUGGAAGCGGCAAUGGAAGACGACAACUCCAUUCGCAAGGCCAUCAAGAAGAUACGUCUCACAGACUGCCAAGGCCGGGACAGUUGGCUGGAGAUUUUUCACGAAAUCAGUUUCAUGGACUACGCUUCGCAUCCGCACAUCAUGAAGAUGGACUGGGCAGUAAAGUGCAAGGACUUUGUAGCUAUCUGCAUGCCUCUGUGCUCACGAGGAUCUUUGCAUGAUGCGCGUCACCGUCUCAACAGGGAGCAGUUAGAGCGCUGCUUCGUGCAGACCGCCUGUGCACUGAGAUAUCUUCACAACAGGUGGGCUGUACACGGGGACGUGAAGCCUGCCAACGUAUUCCUGGAUGAAUCCAACAACGCUAUUCUCGGUGACCUGGGAAUGUCCCGCCUUCUGGCACACGGACAAAACAGAAGAUCCAGACUGACAUCACCGUCGAUCCUUUUCUGGUGA